AUGUGCGACGACGAACUCAUCAAGGUCUGCAACGAAAACUCAUUAUUCAAGAACGAAGCGCGAAACCUUGUCCAAAGAAAAGACUCUGAGCUAUGGGCUAAGGUUCUUGUUGACGAUAACCCACACAGACGAUCUGUCAUCGAUCAGGUUGUCCAGACCACUCUCGGUGAGGCUCAGGAUCCUGAUGGAAUCUCUGUGGCUAAAAAGAUUUUCAUGGAAGCUGACUUACCAAACGAGUUGAUCGAGCUUUUGGAAAAGGUCGUUCUCGAGAACUCCGUCUUCUCCGAUCAUCGAAACUUGCAGAACUUGCUCAUCCUCACUGCUGUCAAGGCUGAUACUACCCGCGUCAUGAACUAA